UUUUUUUUUUUAUUUAACACAAGCUGCUGAAGUAUUGCCUCUUACUUUGUCAGAUGCCUAUUAAAUGGAUGGCCUUGGAGUGCAUCCACUAUAGGAAAUUCACCCACCAGAGUGACGUAUGGAGUUACGGAGUCACUAUAUGGGAGCUGAUGACAUUUGGAGGAAAGCCGUAUGAUGGAAUUCCUACCCGAGAGAUCCCAGACCUGCUGGAGAAAGGAGAGAGGCUUCCUCAGCCUCCCAUCUGCACUAUUGACGUCUACAUGGUCAUGGUCAAGUGCUGGAUGAUAGAUGCAGACAGCAGACCCAGAUUUAAGGAGCUUGCAGCAGAGUUCAGCCGGAUGGCAAGAGACCCACAACGUUACCUAGUCAUCCAGGGGGAUGACCGUAUGAAGCUGCCGAGUCCCAACGACAGUAAGUUCUUCCAGAGCCUGCUAGAUGAAGAGGAACUGGAGGAUCUGAUGGAUGCCGAGGAGUAUUUAGUGCCACAAGCUUACAGUAUUCCUCCAUUGGCAUACACAACUAGAUCCCGCAUGGAUCCUAACAGAGUGAGUGCCAGUGCCAGAUCACACACUCCAAUACAAUGUCUUUAGUUUCAGUAAUUUUAU